GGGUAAAACGUUUACUGCCAAACCCAAAACAAGUGUCGGGGUUUUCUACCGGCCAUGUACAAUCAACUGGAGUAUAUUGUGAUUACAAUUUGGCGGCGUCUUGUCAGAAAUCCCGUGUAGGAUGUUGGUUUCAGGCGUUUUGGAAUACUAGGUAUCAUGUUUGUACCUUUCUUUACAAUAGUGGUGAAAUCCACGGAAUAUUCCACAUUGGAACAGCUGACGAUAAUGCCGCACCGAAAAUAUGAACGAGAUAUGAAGAAUUACAAGGAGAAAUAUAAUUAAAUCAAAUGCUUGCUAAUUGACAAAUCAGGCCCACUUCAUUUUAUUCCACAGAUAGCGAUCCUGUGCAAGGACUUCUAUCGGUAAAGACAGAGGUUAAACGCCACAAGUGCCUCCAGCACCCCUGCUCUCCUUUUCGUCGGUCCCCACGACGUCACCAAUGCGACCAUGGGAAAUAGCAGUGACUAGGCGGCCACCGACAGCCCCCGUGAACCAGAGGAGGUUCCUAGGAGAGCCCUGCAACACCCCAGUGCACCUCAGGAGAAGCCUGCCAGGGACACGACAGUGGGGGAGUCGAGACCGACCGGUCGUACUGCACGACUCCUCGCUCCAGGAUGAGAACUUCCACCACCCUCUCUUCUCCCAGCAACAUCAGCGGGUUCUUUUAGAUGAGGCCAGACAGUACAGCCACGCCAGUGCCCCGCAACGCAUGCUCCACCCUGCCGCACACCCACCUCGGCAUCAACAGACCCCCAUCAUGGUGGAUGUACACGACCAGAUGCACCAGGAAUCCGUUCCGAUCUCUUACACUGUUACCACGGUGACGACACACGGUUUCCCCAUCCACACCGGGCAACCUCUCCCAGGGUGCAACAGUCAGCAGCUCCCAGCAUGCUCGGUAAUGUUCAGCGGACAGCUCUCUCUGCUCUGCUGCCUUCCUCCUCCUCUCAUCCAAGCCUGUACAAUGCAGCAUUUGCCAGUGUCUUACCAAGCUUUUCCACCCCUGAUCUCCAGCGAACAUUUUAUAUUGCACCCCAACCCCCCGGGGCCACCACCCCACCAGCCUCCUCACCUCACUCCUCUCAGCCAGUUCCUCCCUCUCCAGAGACAGCACCCACGCAUGCCUCUCCAUAGGGUAGAGAAUGAAGUGGACCUCAGGGGGGACCAGCAUCCAUUAGGAACGUUCUCUUACCCUGCCUCGAGUCACCACCACCCAUCAGCAAUGCCUCCCUCUGUCCCCCUCCAGUACCUCCCUCAGGAGCCUCUGCACCAGGAGAUGCCCUCCUUCUCAGUGCCAUACCCCCACAUGCUGCCGCCACGUGUCAGUGGUCACAGGUACCGGUUACAGCAGCCCCUGCCCCCCCCACCGCCGCCACCACCCUACUACCCAGGCUUCCUGCCCUACUUCCUGUCGAUGCUUCCUGUGCCACCCACAGCAGUGGGACCAGCCAUCAGUCUGGACCUGGAUGUAGAUGACGUGGAGAUGGAGAACUAUGAGGCAUUACUGAACCUGGCUGAAAGGCUGGGAGAGGCUAAACCACGAGGAAUCACCAAGGCAGACAUCGAGCAGCUUCCAUCCUACAGGUUCAGCCUCGACAACCAUCAAUCUGAACAAACGCUGUGUGUGGUGUGCUUUAGUGACUUCGAGUGUCGGCAGCUGCUGAGGGUAUUACCCUGCAACCACGAGUUCCACGCCAAGUGUGUCGACAAAUGGUUAAAGACUAAUCGCACUUGUCCAAUUUGCCGGGCGGACGCGUCAGAGGUGCACCGCGAGGUGGAGUGACUGAAACCCAGGCUUUGAGAUCUUUGAUUGGAAAGCAGCACAAAACUAAACCCACCGGAGCCUGUCUGUCUUAGCGCCUGCCUCGGCCUCAACCUGCCCGGGGACUCCUGCCACCUACCCUGCCUGCUUCCUACGGCCCCCACCACUACCUACGGCCCCCACCACUACCUACCCUGCCUGCUUCCUGCCUGCGGCCCCCACCACUACCUACCCUGCCUGCUUCCUGCCUGCGGCCCCCACCACUACCUACCCUGCCUGCGGUCCCCACCACUACCUACCCUGCCUGCUUCCUGCCUGCGGCCCCCACCACUACCUACCCUGUCUGCGGCCCCCACCACUACCUACCCUGCCUGCUUCCUACGGCCCCCACCACUACCUACCCUGCCUGCUUCCUACGGCCCCCACCACUACCUACCCUGCCUGCGGUCCCCACCACUACCUACCCUGCCUGCUUCCUGCCUGCGGCCCCCACCACUACCUACCCUGCCUGCUUCCUACGGCCCUCACCACUACCUACCCUGCCUGCUUCCUACGGUCCCCACCACUACCUAACCUGCCUGCGGUCCCCACCACUACCUACCCUGCCUGCUUCCUGCCUGCGGUCCCCACCACUACCUACCCUGCCUGCUUCCUGCCUGCGGCCCCCACCACUACCUACCCUGCCUGCUUCCUGCCUGCGGCCCCCACCACUACCUACCCUGCCUGCUUCCUGCCUGCGGCCCCCACCACUACCUACCCUGCCUGCUUCCUGCGGCCCCCACCACUACCUACCCUGCCUGCUUCCUACGGCCCCCACCACUACCUACCCUGCCUGCUUCCUGCCUGCGGCCCCCACCACCACCUACCCUGCCUCCUGCCUGCGGCCCCCACCACCUACCCUGCCUGCGCCCCCCCCCCUACCACCACUCCUGCCCCACUUCAACAACAAUAAGCAAUCUAAGAUUGUAUGUUUGGAGCUCCUUCCCCCGGUCGUUCCUCUGCUAUGUCUGAUGAAAAGCUCCUGCCGACCAUAGCCACAGAGUUGUCCAGUCAGUCUAUCUGCCUGGGAUAGCCAUUGAUCCACCACCUCGAUCUGCUCCUCUGCCUGCCCCAGUGUUGCAGAUUCCAAAGAUGUGACCUACCAUAUGUUGUUAUCGUCGUAGGGCUUUUGCGUUUACAAGGUUUUUCCUUUUUCGUUACCUUGUGGUUUUGGUUGGUUCUUUGUGACAGAUGGGCGUUGGAGCUGCCUGCAUGGGAGAUGGUGAUGACAAGAGGUGUGGGGUGAGGGAGUGGAGAGAGGAGUCACAUAUCGUUCCAUCAGCAGACCAGUAAUGGGAAUGCUUCAACACGGAUAAAAAUGUAGACCAUUCCACUGGUUGACUGACCGUCAUAGUACUGUAGGAGACUAGACCAUUCCACUGGUUGACUGACCGUCAUAGUACUGUAGGAGACUAGACCAUUCUACUGGUUGACUGACCGUCAUAGUACUGUAGGAGACUAGACCAUUCCACUGGUUGACUGACCGUCAUAGUACUGUAGGAGACUAGACCAUUCCACUGGUUGACUGACCGUCAUAGUACUGUAGGAGACUAGACCAUUCCACUGGUUGACUGACCGUCAUAGUACUGUAGGAGACUAGACUAUUCUACUGACCGUCAUAGUACUGUAGGAGACUAGACCAUUCCACUGGUUGACUGACCGUCAUAGUACUGUAGGAGACUAGACCAUUCUACUGGUUGACUGACUGUCAUAGUACUGUAGGAGACUAGACCAUUCCACUGGUUGACUGACCGUCAUAGUACUGUAGGAGACUAGACUAUUCUACUGACCGUCAUAGUACUGUAGGAGACUAGACUAUUCUACUGACCGUCAUAGUACUGUAGGAGACCAGACCAAUCUACUGACCGUCAUAGUACUGUAGGAGACUAGACUAUUCUACUGACCGUCAUAGUACUGUAGGAGACUAGACCAUUCCACUGGUUGACUGACCGUCAUAGUACUGUAGGAGACUAGACUAUUCUACUGACCGUCAUAGUACUGUAGGAGACCAGACCAAUCUACUGACCGUCAUAGUACUGUAGGAGACUAGACUAUUCUACUGACCGUCAUAGUACUGUAGGAGACUAGACUAUUCUACUGGCUUGGAGGAGACGCCUGGCUGACUGACCGUCAUAGAUGCAUGUUUGUGUAGGUGACUGAUGGGCAAAGUGACCUGUUUAUAAUAUAUGUUUCGCAAUAAUGUAUUGAUGAUUUCAAUAGUUUGUUCCCUUUUGUUUGUGUUCUUUUUCAAUCUGCUAAUGCUAUUGUGAAAGUGUGACUUGCUGUGGUUAAAAUUAGCCUCAUCUGGCACUGAGAAUGAUGGUCUACCACUGACUUCUGACUUGUUGGGGAUAUAUCUGCUCCUUCACGCCCUGUUGUUCCCCCCCACUGUGAUACACAACUGACUGGACGGAGGGAGGAGGAGAUCAUGCUGUGGAGUUUCCUUUUUUGUUCUGGUGAAGGUCCUCAGAUCGGUCCCCCAGAGAGGACACUGCCUGUCUGUGAAGUCAUCUGCCCUUUCUGCAAAUGAACCACAUCCAUCCUCCUCUCCGGCCUUGGCCCUGUGCGAGUUGCCCGGCUGGAUCUCAGGCAGCGCUGAGGGGGUUGCAUAGACUGUUGAUUCAGACUAGCAAUAUUUUAAUCAAACGUCGCCAUUUUAAAAGGAAAACAACAACUAGCAAACAUAAACAAGGAAUUCUGGCUCACCCAAGAGAGGGGGCUUCACUACCCCAGUAUCACCCACGCUGACUGACUGCUGCUGGGGAGCCUGAUGCAUUAAACAGAAUGAGUGAUGGGUUUUAACGUGGACAUUUUUUCCUUCCUGUUUUUGGAAGAUCCAGGCAUUUAUUUGUUUGUGAGCCAAAUAUUCAAUAUAAUAUAUAUAUAAAUAUAUAUACUCUUUCAAGAUUUCAGAUCUGCCUUCAAUACCUUGACAAGCACAAACUCUAUUUACUUAAUCUUAAAAAAAAAAAAAAUCCCUUUGUCAUUUCCACUUGUUUUUAAGAGUAUAAUUUUUAAAUAGUAUUAUUUAUUGGUUUUUUUAGCUAUCUUAGAGACAACGCGUUAAAGGUCAAGGUCAGAGCACUAACGUGGAAGUGUGUGGUUAAAUGGUAUGUGUUCUAAUCUAAAGGCAACUUAACUUGGGUCAGGUCUUGUUGUUAGGCCGUGCUAACUAAUGGUGUUGUAAAAGAUUCAUGUUGUAUGCUGCAUAGCUUCAGUGUGAAUGCUUCUCGAUAAUCGUCUUGUUUUGAAGACAAAAUAAUGUUAUAACUCCCUGUUGUAAAACAUCUCUAGUGACCUGACGAGACAGGCGCUCUGGCGUUGUCCCGGCUGCGCUGACUGUACUAUUUACAGUGAUGAUCAGGACAGGAAGAGGUUGGAGACAAAGAUGGAGAGAGGGAGGAGUAGUGUUUGGUAGAGUGAUACACUGUUAAAACAUCCCAAAUGGUACCCUAAGUAGUGCACUACUUUUGACCAGGGCCCAUAGGGGCUAGUGCACUAUAUUGGGUCUGUGCUCAUCUUUGACUUCCAAAACAGAAUGUUGUUGAGGUGUUUAAAAACAAACAGUUUGUCCGGGUGUCCUUUUGUAAGUGUUGUGUGAGUAGGGGGACUCCUUUCUAUUCCCAACUACCCCAAUAAGCACUGCGAGGCGGAUGGACAUUUUGCUUUCUUGUGUAAAAGGACCUUGCCAUGUUUUCUAUAGCGAAUGUGAGUCUCUUUGUGACGUGUGUUACCUACCACCUUUUAAAGAAGAGAAGAAAAAAAAAGCCAUCUUGAUGAGUUUAAAGUAAAAACCCACAGCUUUGAGAGUUAAUCUGUGUACAUAUUUGUCCACUAGCAUAUAAAUAUUGUGAGUUUGAAACAAAAAAAAAAUAACAAAUCACUCAGGGCCUCUCAGUAUAUAAGAAUAAAGGAAAACAGUCUGUUCCAAUUUGACAGAUGCCAUGAAAAGGUUGGUGGUGGAUAUGAAUUUUCUUGGUUGUUUUCCUCAGGCCUCGCAUAUUUUUAAUGUAAUCAAUUAAGAUAAUAAUAAUGUUGUUUUUUUGCCAGAGUAGUGGAUAUUACAUCAUAUAAAUUACAAAUUUAGUUUGUGUUCUUGAACAACCACACGACGUACAGACAUUAAUAUUUACAUAACGGAUGUGAUCCCAUUUUAAAACGUGCCAUUGAUGCACACUAUCCUACCUAAAAAAACUACAAGGUGUUUGCAUGAUUUAAAAAAUAAAAAUACUAAAAAAUAAAAACCAAUUGUGUAUUUCCAGUGAAAGAUAUCUAGCCAUGGGGGACGGUGGACUAUUUAACAGUGCACAAUAAGCAUGCAUGUCCUACCAAGUCCCAACUGGUUUUUAGCUAGCUCUAGUUGGCUUCGGGUCCGUCACUGCUCAGCUGAUAACUGCCAUGCGUUGUACUGCACACGUUUGUAACCCAACUGAAUGACUACAAGAUUUUAUUUGCGCUUUAUAAAAUACAUUUUUUUAAAGUUGCCUGGACUUGGACCUGGGGAGAAAUCCAGGAUUUUAAAGUCGUUUGGUUAUAGUAUGUAUGCUAUGUUGUUAUUGCCUCAUAAUAACAUGUCUAGAACCUAGUUCACUGAAAGCCAUAGUGAACAACCAAUAGAUCUGCUUUAGGUAUGAUGCAGUUUUGACAUGACGAUAUGAUCGGAUGGAUUCUUAGAGCAUGUUGCUAAUAGCCUUUAAAUAGUGACGUUACAUUUUAAAGAAGCCUUGUUUGUCAAACUAAUAACCUAACUCUCAUUUGACAUCCGAGACACCAGCGGGAGGCUGCCGAGGGAGAGAACGAGCUCUGGAACGGAAUCGAUCACAUGGUUCCGUGUUUGAUCCCGCUCCAGCCAUUACAACAAGCCCGUCCUCCCUAAUUAAGGUGCCACCAACCCUCCUGUGCUAGAUACCUUUUAUUCACUUAUUGAAACAUUAGCACCAUGGUUUGUGUGUGUGUGUGGGGGUGGGGGGCAGGUAUUAAUGACCAUAUUGUGAUUUUAUUUUUUUCUUCUGUCCCAAAUACCAGAAAACCUCAUGUAAAGUCAAGUAACUUCAAAACAUACAAUUUUAAAUAGAAUCUUGUAGUCUUUCUGUAAUCCAAUUAAUGAAUGAUCUCACAGCUUGUGUGGUGCAAAGAAAAAAAAAAAGGAAAGAAAAAAAUGUUUUGAAUAAAAUGCUGUUCCAAUAAUAAAAACAGCUAAAAUCAUUUAUUUAGGAUUUGAUUUAUUUUAUUUGCGUCGUAGAUUCACUGUUUUCCAAUGAUGUGUUGCUGGUGGUGGGAAUAGUGGUCUUUUUACUGAUUCCUCCAGCUUCUAGGGGGGCUCCCACCCAACAGGCCAGGGGCAUUUGAAACAGAUGUUAGCUUUGGUACUUGCACAUUUUACAGUUACCUCAUGUUUGGAUUUAAAAAUAAAUAAAAUGCUUAUAUAUAAAUAUAUAGGGAAAAGAUUCUGAAUGCUAUAAUUUUUUCAUUCCAUUGGAAUCAUUGUUUAUAGUAUUUAACUAGUUAUAGUCUAUACACACACACACCUGUAUACUGAUUGCCAUUUUUCAGAUUUGUACUUUUUUUAAAUGAAAAAGUUGCUAGUUCUGCUUUACCGAGUCGUGCGAUCAUUUUUUUUUUAAUAGUUGUGGCUGAUUUGAGAGUAGUUCACUAAUAAAUGUAUACCAAUAUUACAA